AUGGAGUCUGACGGCUCUGCCGGUGUGGCGAAAUCUGCCGCCCUAAAUUUGUCCGAAAUGGGCGAAAGAACUAAACAGCUCGGCAGCGCGAUGCAAGACCCCAACCGGCAGAGAAAGCUCAUUCUGGUGAUCGUCUGCGUCGCGCUUCUGCUGGACAACAUGCUCUACAUGGUGAUCGUUCCCAUCAUCCCCGACUAUCUCGCGGAUUUGGAGACCGAGCAGGCGGCGCGCACUCUUGCCAACUCUUCCGUGAGCAGAGCGAACCCGAACAAUCUGGACAUUCAGAUCGGGGUGCUGUUCGCCUCCAAAGCCAUUCUGCAGCUCAUGGUCAGCCCUUUAUCGGGCACCUUCAUCGACCGCGUGGGGUACGACAUCCCGCUGCUGAUCGGGCUUCUGGUCAUGUUCGUCUCCACCUGCAUCUUCGCGUUCGCGGACAACUACGGGACGCUGUUCGCGGCGCGCAGCCUGCAGGGUCUGGGCUCGGCGUUCGCAGACACCUCCGGGAUCGCGAUGAUCGCGGACAGAUACACGGAGGAAGCGGAGCGGAGCCGCGCGCUGGGCGUCGCGCUCGCCUUCAUCUCGUUCGGGAGCCUCGUGGCGCCUCCGUUCGGCGGAGUCCUGUACGAGUUCGCAGGGAAACGCGUCCCGUUCAUAGUUCUGGCCUCGGUGUGCCUGGCGGACGGCGUUCUGCUGCUGACCGUGAUCAGACCGUUCUCUAACGGCACGCGCGCGAACAUGCCGGUCGGGACGCCCAUCUACCGGCUCAUGACGGACCCGUACAUCGCCGUGGUGGCGGGUGCGCUGACCGUCUGCAACAUCCCGCUGGCGUUCCUGGAGCCCACCAUCUCCAGCUGGAUGGAGAGCACGAUGAACGCCUCGAAGUGGGAGAUGGGUCUGAUCUGGCUGCCGGCCUUCUUCCCGCACGUGCUCGGGGUUUACGUCACCGUCCGGUUGGCCGCCAAAUACCCAGAGCUGCAGUGGUUCUACGGCGCGCUGGGGAUGGUGAUCAUCGGGGCCAGCUCCUGCACGGUGCCCGCCUGCAGGACCCCGGGCCAGCUGAUGCUCCCGCUGUGCGGCGUCUGCUUCGGCAUCGCGCUGGUGGACACGGCGCUGCUGCCCACGCUGGCCUUCCUGGUGGACGUGCGUCACGUGUCCGUCUACGGCAGCGUCUAUGCCAUCGCGGACAUCUCAUACUCUCUCGCCUACGCUUUGGGGCCUGUAGUCGCAGGGCAGAUCGUGCACAACCUGGGCUUCGUUCAGCUGAACCUGGGCAUGGGUCUGGUGAAUGUGCUUUACGCGCCGGCGCUGCUGCUGCUCCGCUGCGUGUGCCAGAUGAAGAAGUCCUGCUCCGAGAGGAACGUACUGCUGGAGGAUGAACCCAAGGGACUCUACGACUCCAUCCGCAUGCAGGAGCGCAGACUCCGGAGAAAGGGCUUGUGCACCACGACCGCUGACGUGUGUCCCGUGGCCGAGAACGGGCUCUUCGAGGCACCCAGGUCUCUCUCGGAGGAGGAAUCGUCGGGACCCGAGCUCACUUAA